AUGAUCGAAGACAAGGCUCGCCAAGGGGCCAGCGACGCGGCGGCGGCGGCGGGCCGGGCCGAGCCGUGCCCCCGGCCCCCGCUGCCCCGGAGCUGCGCGCUGCUGGGCGGCGUGUCCCUCUUCUCGCUGGCGCUCAGCCUCCUGGUGCACUUUCGGAGCGCGGAGCUGCAGUCCCGCCUGGGCCGGCUGGAAGCCGAGCAGCGGCGCCCGCCCCCGCAGCAGCCCCCGCAGCCCCCCGCCUGGCUGGCCGCGCACCAGAUGGAGGAGGCUAUUUUGGGAAGAGUCAACCAGCUGCUGGAGGAGAAGCUGAAACUUCACUUGGCCAGGAGACGAGAGCCUCGGGAUACGUCGUUGAGAUGUAACUGUCCCCCAGGACCCCCUGGUCCCGUGGGAAGACCUGGACUUCCGGGAGACAAAGGUGCCCUUGGGAUCCCGGGACGAGUGGGACUCAAGGGCCAACCAGGAGAGAAGGGAGCCCCAGGAGAUGCUGGAAUGUCUAUUAUUGGUCCUCGAGGUCCCCCGGGUCAGCCUGGCACAAGAGGCUUCCCUGGGUUUCCGGGCCCCAUCGGCUUAGACGGCAAACCGGGUUACCCUGGACCGAAGGGGGAGAUGGGUCUGUCAGGUCCCAGGGGACAACCGGGACCCCCAGGACAAAAAGGAGAAAAGGGUCAAUGUGGUGACUACCCACACCGGCUGCUGCCUCUUCUCAAUUCGGUGCGGCUAGCACCACCCCCAGUCAUAAAAAGACGAACCUUUCAGGGUGAACAGGGACAAGCCGGCAUCCAAGGCCCCCCUGGUCCCCCUGGUCCCCCUGGACCUGCUGGACCUAUUGGACCUCUGGGUAACCCGGGAGAGCCAGGGCCCAUGGGGCCACCUGGCAAAGCAGGAGAGCCAGGGAGGCCAGGCAAAGAUGGAAAGGGCUUACCUGGAUCACCUGGACCAAAGGGAGACCCCGGAGUUCAGGGAUAUCAUGGACGAAAGGGUGAGAAGGGGAGUGCUGGCACUCCAGGCCUGCCUGGAUUCCUGGGUCAGAAGGGAGAGAAAGGAGAUGCAGGCAAUGCAAUUGGAGGAGGCCGCGGGGAACCAGGGCCCCCAGGGAUACCGGGGCCGCCAGGACCAAAGGGAGAAGCUGGCACCAGUGGCCAGACUGGGCCUCCUGGGAGGCAAGGAGACAAGGGAGAACCCGGAGCAGCUGGAGAACAGGGAGCUGCCGGCCCAAAGGGUGCCAAGGGAGAGCCGGGCAAAGGAGAAAUGGUGGAUUACAAUGGAAACAUCAACGAAGCUCUCCAGGAGAUCCGCACUUUGGCCCUGAUGGGACCUCCUGGACUCCCAGGGCAAACGGGCCCACCAGGAGCUCCUGGUGUACCAGGACAAAAGGGUGAAAUUGGUCUGCCAGGUCCUCCAGGACAUGAUGGGGAAAAGGGACCUCGAGGAAAACCGGGAGAGAUCGGGCCCCCUGGUCCCCAAGGGCCACAAGGAAAGGAUGGACCUGCAGGUUUAAAAGGAGAAAAAGGAAAUGUGGGGACACCUGGAGAGAAAGGGGAGGCAGGACAAGUUGGCUCCCCGGGUCUUGAUGGCCCCACCGGAGAGAAAGGAGAACCAGGCGACCCAGGGAGGCCAGGAGCUGCAGGAUUGCCCGGUCCAAUUGGGCUCCCGGGAUUUACAGGAGAAAAAGGAGAACCUGGACAGAAGGGUGACCCAGGAGCAGAGGUAUCUGGACCACCAGGGCCCCAGGGCCCCCCAGGACCUGCAGGUCUCCAAGGCGUUCCUGGACCAAAGGGGGAAGCUGGACUUGAUGGAAUGAAAGGAGAGAAGGGUGUCCAAGGAGAAAAAGGAGACCGAGGUCCAUUGGGAUUGCCUGGUGCUUCAGGUUUGGACGGCAGGCCUGGGCCACCGGGUACUCCAGGACCAGUUGGGGUUCCCGGCCCAGCAGGACCAAAAGGGGAAAGGGGCAGCAAAGGAGACCCUGGGAUCACAGGACCAAUGGGAGCAGCUGGGCUUCCUGGUUUGCACGGACCACCCGGUGACAAAGGAAACCGGGGGGAGAGGGGGAAGAAAGGCUCUAGGGGGCCUAAAGGGGAUAAGGGAGACCAAGGAGCGCCUGGAUUAGAUGCCCCCUGCCCAUUGGGGGAAGAUGGCUUGCCAGUCCAGGGCUGCUGGAAUAAGUGAUGGCCCUAACCUUGGAUUGGCCUGUGUGUGUGUUUGUACAUAGGAUAUUUAUUUUUAUACAGUUUUCUCUUUCUGGAAAUGCCAGACGUUGUGAUGCAUCUUUUACAGAUUAUUCCCCACAAAAAAAAAAAAACACCCUGCAUUUUUGUACAGAAAUUAUCGAACAUUCCAUUCCCCCUUGUGUCCAAGAAUUUUUUGGUAUAAUUCUUUGUCCAUGAUGCACGUUUUGUUUGUGAGCACAGCUUCAAUGUUUGCAUGAUAUUUGUGCACCCUCGUUAAUUAACUGUUGGAGUUUUAAUAAAUUAUUGCAUUACCGUGCCAAGGGAGCUGUCCAGCACCAAAGUGCUGGUUAGUUCAUGAGUGAGUCCAGAGAAAUAAUAUGAAGGUCAAUGGUAUUUGCCAAGCUAGGCAUGCCUGAAAAUAUUUUAAA